GUCCUGGAGGGUUUCCAGAAAAUAAAAAAGAAGAAAAACAGAUCCUUUGUCCUACAGUCUGACUGAAAGCACAAAUAAACAAGAGAAAUGUGUCACUUAGCAACCAAUAUUUACAAUAAUGUGAAGAGAAUCAAUAAUAAUUACCUCUUAAUUAAAGAAGCAGCUCGACCUACAGCUUCAUACAAUCUAAUUAUUCCUUAUUUUUCUUUUUUUUUUUAACUUAAAGAGAUUUCUACGACCCUUUAAAUCAUCCCUUCCUCCUUCCUGAUCCUGUCAGCGUUAUUUCUAUGUUGAUUUUACACGUUUUACCAAAAAUGCUGUGUCUAAAAUGUUUGUAUCUUUGAAAAUUGUUGCAAAUUUUUGUGUCUUAAGCUCAAACUUUGCUCUGAUAAAAGUGCAAACAGCUUUAAAAUGUCAAAUUCUGCACAGUGACGUCAGAAGAAGUCACAAAAAACACAGUGUUAGAGGAGUUAAUGGGGAUUUUUAACCAUUUCUGAGUUGGCCUUUUCACAUUUUUGCUAAAUAUGACCAAAGAAAAGUUUCUCCUGCUUGGAAAAGACACAAAAAAUUACAAAAUUAUGAUGAAUUUCACUAUUUCUAUGUUGAUUUGAACAAUUUUACUAAAAAUGCGCUUUGGAUUUGUUAAAUCUUUGUGAAAAAUGACGUAUCUGUGUGUCUUAAGCUCAAACUUUGCUCUGAUAAAAGUGCAAACGGCUUUAAAAUGUCAAAUUCUGGACAAUGAAGUCAGAAGAAAUAAGAAAAAUCAGUGUGUUAGAGGAGUUAAUGGUGAUUUUUAACCAUUUCUGUGGUCAAAAUGUUAAAAAAAAAGGUUGCUUCUGCUUGGGAAAGACCAAAAAUGACAAAAUGAUGAUGAGUUUCACCUGUUUCUAUGUUGUUUUUUAUGUUUUACUACUAAUGCUGUGUCUACAAUGUUCACAUCCUUGGAAAUUGUCUCAAAUCUUUGCGUUCUGAGCUCAAUCUUUGCCCUGAUAAAAGUGGAAACAGCUUUAGAGUGUCAAAUUCUGCACAGCGAAGAAGAAAAAACACAUUUUUGAAUGUGUAUUAGACACAACUCUGAGCUUGAAUCUGUAUAAAAAAGGCGAGGAAUGGUUUUGAUCAGCUGAUUUAUGGCUGGAAGGCUCCGCACUGUGUUUUGUGAGGGCUGCUCGGGGCGACAGACGAGGUGAUAAUGAACCAGGAGGAGCCCGAGCAGACUUUACAUCAGAUCUGUGUGAAUGUCUCGGUGCUCUGCUGUGUUUUCAUUCUUCUGCCGGCUCGGCUGGUCUCAUGGAGCGCGGCAGAAAACGCCUCGUUUCUCUACAUGUGUCCGUCUGAACGAGGAAUGUGAUCAGAUGAGGUGAAGGAAAACAUGCGGAUGCAAUCACUCCUCUGGAUUCUGCACCUCGUCAAUCUGACCAAAGCUCAGGACGGCGUGAAUAUUCUGCAGCACAGACGCCUCUCCUCGGUGAGCAGCGAGUGUCGGUCCGGCUGUGCCACCUGCUCACCGCUCAACGGCUGCCUCACCUGUAAGAGUCGCUUCUUCUUCCACCUGGAGCUGGACGGGAUCCGUCAGAGAGGAACCUGCCUGGCUUCCUGUCCCAGAGGCCACUACGGCCGACGCUCACCCGGCAUCAGCACCUGCACCAGGUGUAAAGCCGACUGUGCUUCCUGCUUCAGCCAACAUUUCUGCACGAGCUGCCACCCGGGUCACUUCCUGUUCCGAGGCAGAUGUGAGAGCAGCUGUCCAGAGGGUCUGACGGAGAACGCAGCGCUGCGAGAAUGUACAGAAUGUCCUGCUGGCUGUGAAGUGUGCACGAGGAGGAACGUGUGCACGAGAUGUCGAGAAGAUUUAUACUUUCUCCAUGAUCAGUGUCGCCUCACCUGUCCGAGAGGCUUCGAGGCCGACGUACAGCUGAUGCAGUGUAUGCCACAAAAUCACUGUGAGGUCGGGGAGUGGAGCCGUUGGGGUUCUUGUAUUCGCAAACGGAGGAUGCGACGACUCAGGGGGGGAGAACAAACACGAACCAGACGAAUCCUGAAUUCAUCGAGUGUCCACGGAGAUCCCUGUCCUCAUGUGUCAGAGAUCAGGAAGUGUGUCAUCAAAAAGAGACGAAGCAGAAGGUUGUAGUGAUAUCUGUUCACGUUUUCAGCUCCUUAUUGCACAUUCUGCUGUGUCUCGUAAUUUAAAAACUGUUUUAAACUGUAAAAAUGUGUUCAUCUGAAAAACAAAAGAAGCUCAUUUUCAGAUCGAGUCCAACAGAAAUGAGUGAACUGAAUGGAUACAGAUGAUAAUAGUUAAUAAAACUAAUGUGUUCCAACAAAUUCA